AACCCAAGAUGACGCUAAAGUUCGUAAUCCCAGAACCCAAGGCGCGGGUCCUGUUCAUGCCCACGGAAUUCUUCGACACCCUGAAGGGCAUGUUCAGGAGCUCCAAAAAUCGAAUCGUUAUCAGCUGCCUAUACAUAGGCAUAGGCGAGCUGGAGAAAGAGUUAAUAGUAAGCAUCAAAAAUAAUAAGCACAUCAAAAAUCUAAGAGUAGAUAUUUUGUUGGACAAACAAAGAGGUACAAGACCAGAAGGAAAGCUGAACGAAUCCUCCGUGAGUGUACUCUCUGACCUAUUCAGCUAUGCAGGUGAUCUAAAUAUUAGCUUGUUCCACAAUCCCCUACUAGGAGCAGUGUUGUAUAAUCUCAUACCCUACAGAGCCAAUGAAGCCAUUGGAGUCAUGCAUAUGAAGGUGUUUAUCGGAGAUGAUCGUUUGAUUUUGUCCGGGGCCAACUUAAGUGAUAGCUACCUUCGAAACAGACAGGACAGAUAUAUUUUGAUUGAAAAUAAAUUAUUAGCUGACUCAGUUCAUAAAAUUGUGAAUUGCAUCCAGAAUAUGUCGUUCAGCGUGAAUGCCGAUUCGAGUGUCCACUGGGGAAGUGACUUGAUGAACCCUCUCGUCGACGCUCAUACCUUCCGUGAGCAGUACUACAGGCGGAUACAGUUCGUGUUGGGUCAGAUCAGGGAGGACAUUUUGCGGCAUACCCAGGAGAGGGUGCAAAGCCAGAUGUCGGAAGCAGACUCAGGUGGAUGUCACGUACCCGGAAGCCAUCCCUCCACGAGCGAUCGAGAAGACUUCUUCAGCCCCCUGUUCGUCAAGAACGAAAGCAUUCUGACCGUGGAACUGGCGCUGCAGAGCGGUUUCUCCUCACCCCCUAUAUACGACGAAAGCUGCAUGCUGGAAAACAUGCUCAAGAAUGUAAAAAAAUAUGAUCAGAGUUUAAUCAUAUCAUCAGGGUAUUUGAACUUCCCAGAAAUUUUUUUAAAAUUGUUUAGAAAUAUAUAUGACAAUCUCUGCUUUAAGAAGGGCAAAAUACGUUUUAUUACAGCGUCCCCGGCAGCUAACAGUUUUUUUAAGUCCAAAGGCAUUUCCUACUACAUACCCCUUGGCUACACAGUCAGUGCGCACAUGUGCGUUGAAUUCAUCACCAAAAAUAUUGUAAGCGUUUUUAAAAAUUUAAAUAGAAGAGACCCUUUGAAGAAAAAGGAAAAGGUCUGCACAGAUAUUUAUUUAGAAUAUCAUAAGCCGUCCUGGACCUUCCACUCCAAGGGGAUGUGGCUGAUUGAUGAUUCCUUCGAGAGGGAAGUAGUUGGCAGCAGUACCUCUGGUGAAGAUCCCCAUGUAGGCAGAAACCCCCAAAUGGAAAAUGUUCCAAAUAGUCUGUGCACUAGCGAAAAUUAUGAACAGUCAGAAAAAAAAAAAAUUCCCCUUUUGGAAU